ACCAGGAAAGAGUCCACUGUAGAUAUUCUGGUAUCCAAGCCAAAUUAAAAGGCGUCGUGGCUAAAAACGGCAACCUGGGCAAGGUGCCAUGGCAACCAUAGCAACGACAUGACAUCCAAACAGGCACAAAUGCAAACGUCUCUUUGCUACCAUUUACCACCAUUCGCCACCCACCGAGGACAACGACCGGGACGACAAAGGCCCUGGGAGCUGCAUAACGAGCAUCGGUGACGAGCAGUGUGUGUACAGCACUAAGCCAUUCAUCGCGCAGUUACGUCGGGGAUCGCAUCUUGCCAUGGCAUCUGCAGUUCUUCCGGAACCAAAAGGCGAGCGCCCAGUAUCACUCUCUGUUGACGGUCGCCCCUCGUCGUCGCCAUUUCCAUCGCCAGGCUCACCCUUCCUGCCGCCCCCAAUGCCCAGUGUCCAUGAAUUUGCCAUACCAAGUUCAAAAAACAAGCCAAAAUCUCAGGAAAGAUACACACUUCCAUCAGACACCAUGCCAGCCUCGCCAGUCUGUGUUUUUUCCCCAAUAACGCCGACACCGCCGGCGGCACCUGAGCCGUCGGUAACGACACCAACGACGCCCAUGCCGGUUAUACCACCAAAAGCGAGCCGGAAUUCAGUAUCUUCACUUGCGUCGAAUCGACCAGCUCCUCCCUCACCGGCGAUGUCUCGCCGUGCCUCAGGUUCUAUCGCGUUGUCCGUGACUUCUGUGACCUCCUCUUCAAAGAAGCGCGUCGUUGCUGAGAUCUGUAUACGUGAUUUUGGGUAUCCUGCGACAGACGAACGGCACCGGGGGCUAGGGCCAGACGUACCCAAGCCUAAUCGACCGGCUGUCAUCAACCGUCUAGAAGCAGACAGCGACAAGGAGGAAGACAAAGAUGAAGACGACGAAGGGGACGAAGGCUGGUCGCGUUUCAGAUGGGGUAUUGGUCGGCUCAGCUGGAAUUUCGGUGCUAGCCAUCCUUCGUCGUCAUCGUCGCCUUCUGCGGGUGGGUCUGGAGGCGAUGGGUUUCCGAGCAAAUCGGAUCUGGAACGGAAUUUUGUCGAGGCCGAUGAUGAUGAUGACCACGAGGAUGAAGACGAGUUUUACGACGUCGAAGAAGAAGAAAGUGUAGAUGAGCCGUUGCUACCAGGUUUAUAUAAGGCGCUGUAUGCCUUUGAGCCGGAGGGUACUGCGGAGAUGGCGCUGGAGGAAGACCAGAUCGUCAGGGUGGUAGGUCGAGGAGGGGGAGUAGGUUGGGCCGUUGUCGUCGUGGAUAAAGAGAAGAACAAGGCUAUGCAGCAACAGCAUGCCUUGGUUCCGGAGAGUUAUCUGGAGUUGGUCCAGCUAGACGAGAAUCGUUAGCCGGCGUCCUCAUCCGCAUUGUAGCGUGCAGGCGCGCGUGUACAUCCGUCCUCACCAACUGCCUGUUUCAUUUUCUGUUGCAUUACUGAUUUCUUUUGUUUCAAACAUUAUCCUG